AUGGCCCAAAACUCAGCCACCCGUCCUUGGCGCCUCUUCUUCGACAUCUCCGCAUUCUCCAUCCCUUACAGCUACGCCGACGCCAUGCCCAGAUUCCGCCACAACUUCAACCAUUUCCGCGCCAAUUAUGCCCUUUUCGCACUCGCCAUCAUCUUCUGCAGCCUCGUCUACCACCCCGUCUCCAUGAUCGUCUUCCUGAUCGCGUCCGCCGCCUGGCUCUACCUCUACUUCAGGCGCGAGGAUCCCCUCGUCGCCUUUGGCCGGACCCUCGACGACCGCGCCGUGUUGGCGGUCUUGAGCUUGGUCACCGUGGUGGCAUUGGUGUUAACUCACGUGGGUUCGAAUGUCCUGGCGGCUCUGGUUGUUUGGGUGGUCGUGGUUAGCCUUCACGCCGUGUUUAGGUGUACGGAGGAUUUGUUUCUGGACGAGAGUGAGGCGGCCGGCGACGGCUUGGUCUCAAUCGUGCGGUGA